ACGGGUCAGUUUCAGUGCUGGCUGAACUAAAGCCUGAAAGAAGAAGAAAACAAGAAGAUGCAGUCACCGUGUCUGCACAAGGCAUCGUUAAUGGCCAACCAUCGACUAGGGUUUUGCCACUCUCUUAAAUCAAAUUCACCUAUUCAAAAUCUCUCAAUUCUCUCCAAUUUUCAUAAACCAAACUGCAAAAAAUUCACUGCCCAAUGCCAAAGCAAACCUCACCGUCGCCAAAAUUUAGGACUAAAUUUGAGAGGUAAGAAGGAAAAUAUUUGGAGCAGCGACAAUGAAUUGGCGAAAAAUGUUGCGGAGAAAGAUAAAGAGAGAGUUAAACAGCAGCGGAGAAGGAAAGGGAGGAGAGUUGUUAAAGGGCAGAGAAACAAAGGAGGUAGAGUUAUGGUGUCCAGUGCUAUGUUAAUGGAAGUUGAGACUGUUCUCCAAACUCAGGAGCCUGUAAUAAGACCAGUGUGGAAUACAUUUUGCAGUAGUGUGAGUGGGAUAUGGAAGGGGGUUGGAGCAGUAUUUUCACCAAUUACUGCUGAAAUGGAACCCAUUGAAAUUGGAAGCAAGAACGAACAUCUAUAUGAUUGCUACACUAUUUCUCACAUAAAAGCAAUGCCGUCCCUCUCAGGAGGAACAAUGCCGCAAAUUCAAAGGAAAAUAAAUUGGGUGACUUUAAAUCCUUUUGGCGAAGCGUUGCAGCAUGCAGGAGGAAGUAAUAAAAGUAAGGAAGAGCUUGAAGAUGGAAAUGCAAAUUUACCUGCAAACCAAGCUCGUACUUUGCCCGCUUUUGAGUCUUUUAACUUCGAAAAAAGUGAUGUGCUGGAAGAAGAUGUCAUGGGCAAUGAACCCGGUCUCAUUUACUUUGAGGAUGGAUCAUAUUCUAGGGGUCCAGUAGAUAUCCCAAUUGGGGAAGUUGACGAUUCCAAUUAUUAUCUUUCUCCAACUUUCAAAUUUGAACAAUGUUUGGUUAAAGGUUGCCACAAAAGACUACGCAUUGUUCAUACAAUAGAGUUCAGCAAUGGGGGUUCAGACAUCCAAAUAUUGAGAGUUGCUGUUUAUGAAGAAGAGUGGGUCAGUCCAGCAAACAUCCAUGACCAGAGCGGUAUGGAAUUUGAAGCAAAGCCAUUUUCUCAGCGUAAAAGAACCCAGCCUGUGGAUCUGACUGGGUCAUGGAAAGUCUUUGAGGUCAGCGGUAUUCCAGUGUUUGGAGAUGACGUGGAAACUGAGGAUAGCGAUAGCACACCAUAUGUUUACCUCUGUACAGAAACGUUGAAGAAGAGGAGCUUGCCUGAGAAUGCAGUCUGCUUUGCGGAGGAGGAGAUAGUAGACAUGCAAGAUGCAAGUGUUCUUUGGCUGCCAGGUGGUGUUACAGGGUAUGUUGAUGUUAACAAGGAUGGCACCCUCUGCAUUGGAGUCGGGUGGUACUCCGACGAAGGAAUCAACCUUGUUAUAGAAAGGGACUAUGGAAUAGAUGGGAAGCUCAAGGAAGUCCGAUCAAAAACUGAGGUAAAGAGGAGAUGGUCUGAUCCGCACACUAUGUAAAUACUUUACUGAUUUUUUGAAAUAAUUAGUUCUUAAUUGUGUAUUAUAUGAGUGGCAAAACCGUGACAUACGAAGUUCAAGAUCUGUUCCAUAUUUAAUUGAGAGAUUCCAAUCAGGUCCGAGUAGCAUAGAAGCUCGAUCACUAAUUGCAAGAAAUUGUAAAAAUCACUCAUCCACUUCGCCUUCUGUUCCGGCUAAUGGAAGAUGAUUGAGAGAACAUAUUGAUCGCAAGUCCAGUUUGUGACAAGAAGUCAACCCCUCUGUUUGUUAUGUAAUCGAGUCGAAUUGAAAUAUUAUCAAGCUCAACUCGAUUGACUUUUGUUUAAGGAAUUCAAACUCGUUAAAAUAUUUCUGAUUGAACUC